ACUUGGAGUAGUGAAAUCAGACAGUAAACUUCAACUUAUCAUUCGUUCAAUUCGUACUAAUCAUUUUCCCCUCAGGCUUUAUCUCAUGAAUGAGCAAAUAUUCCCGUGGAAUCCUUGCCCGCCUGAACUAUUACCCAGACAGACCACAUCGUUUCCCCCCGGCCCCGUUUCUCCGCGAGGCCGUCUACUACACUUCCCCAUCCCAAUCCCAAACGGUAAACCCAAAAUUACAUCGGACGGGGGACAUUACUACCGCUUAGCCCAAUAUUCAGCCUGAGCCACUCAUACCACUUUUUCUUGAGGCUGACUAUGUUUCAAAUUCAAAUGUCGGCUUGUGUAUGUGUCAAAUGGGACAUGCCAGAACCUUAAAUCAGCAAAUGAUGACAAUUCAUCAAUGGGUGUCACAAAUGGUUUCUUGUCCAUGAUCUCAUAUGCAGGCCACCCAAUGACAAUCACA